AUGGAUCUUGCUGCGCUCACUCGCAGGCGCCAUAGAACUACACAGCUACUCCAGCCGAUUAUACGAGCUUAUGCCCUGGGGUAUUUGUCUUCAACGACACCAAAGGUCAUAUCCUGCCUACGGCGACUCUGGGGUGACAAUGGCUUGAGCCAUCAACAAAAACUAGCGGAAUUACUCCGGACGUUAACCUGUACAUUUCGGCUGGAAAGCUUCCCGACUUUUUGUGCCGCACUUGUUGGGGGCUCGACUUUGCUUCCACGACUGGCUUUGAGAGCCCUACAGACUGCAUGUCGUAGACUUGGCUCGGAUUCCAAGGGUCUCAGUUCUCGGGGAGCCUCUCGAUCGAUCCAAUUGGCCGCAGCAUUCAUAUCUGCAUGGUUCAGUUUCCAGAUUCUGAAUCACAAACCGGUCAGUUUGCAAAAGGUGUACAGAGAGGUACAGGAUGAGAGAGUUCGCGAAACAAUUGUUAACCAGCCGAGACCCCGAUUCGCUGGAAGAACCAUGGACCUCACGCUUUUUACUCUUGUUAGAGCUCUUGAUUCGUUAACCUGCAUUUCUUGGGGCUGGGGUCAAAAGAGGUGGAAAGGCAACGCUCGUUGGACUUUGGUGAGCUCAAUCAUCCCUGGGCUUGCAGACUCUGCCGUCUUUGCUGCUAGUGCGGCAGUGGUUAUGUGGGCUUGGUUUUAUUCCCCAGAAAGGCUGCCAAGGUCAUAUGGGAAGUGGAUUGGAGAAGUGGCCAAGGUGGAUGAACGGCUAAUCGAAGCCCUCCGCCGUGCAAGGAGAAACAUCCUUGUUUACGGAAAAGAUACUGGGCAGGCGCCUUUACUGGAAUCUAUGUGCAGAGACUAUGACUGGCCUAUUGAAUGGGGUGACCCUUCCAAGACAUUCCCAAUCCCUUGUGAAAUGGUACACAUGGGAUGUGGUCCUAAUUGUGAGAAGCACGCCGUCUCUCGGUUCAUGAGGACGUUCAAGUUCGCGUGCGCUACCUAUAUUCCCCUGCAGCUUGCUUUCCGUUUUCGGUCAAUGAAGUCAAUGGCGUCCUUCCGGCGGGCGAUAUCCGAUGCUUUGAGGUCUUCGUCGUUCCUUGCUGCGUUCGUUACCCUAUUCUACUAUUCGGUCUGCCUCGCCCGAACGAGGCUGGGCCCUAGGCUAUUUCACGGAAAAACGGUAACACCGCAGAUGUGGGAUUCUGGACUCUGUGUCGGUGCUGGAUGUGCGAUGUGUGGAUGGAGUAUACUCGUUGAACACGCAAAGAAGCGGCAGGAGAUUGCAUUGUUUGUGGCACCCAGGGCCGCCGCCACUGUGCUCCCCAGAUUUUAUGAGCAGAAGUAUCAAUACCGGGAGCGUGCCACGUUUGCCAUGAGUGCGGCUAUCCUUUUUACUUGUUUCAGGGAAUGCCCCGACAUGGUCCGAGGAGUUUUCGGCAGGAUUGGAAGAAGUAUUCUGAAUUGA